AGGCUUUUUACCAUUUCAGGCUACCGUCAUGUGAUACUACGAUCUAUUGGAAAUCGGAAUCUCGGCCCAAUUUCGUUGUUUGUACAUUUCGACAUUUUCUACUAUGUGAAAAAGACUCAGAUCUCGUUACACAGUGGACUGAUGGAUCCAUUCUCCAGCGAAAGAAAGGAUGAGACACUGUCACAAGCUCUGCGAUAUCCCUUUAUGAAACAGGACGACGUAGAGGAAGAAAACGAUGAUUAUCGGCAAGCAAUCGUUGGCACGACUAGGAGGCGUAGUGAUGACGUAGACCAGCCCACUCCUCCAGUUUCUCCGGCGGCCGAUACGUUCACGCUGAAGAUGGCUAGGUAA